AUGCUUGUGACAGGGACUGGAGGGUCCACCAGUGUCUCUUGUGCUUUGUUCAUUUUCGAGGUAAACGCAGGUAAUUGCAAGGGUUUACUGUGUAAACAUAUCGGAGGUGCACCUGCGUCUACACUCAGUUCUGCUUGUGGCUAUAUCCAGUUGGAGUGUGUAUUUAUACGUGAUCUGAGCUGGAACAUGGGUAUGGAAUGGUAUGAGCAAGGUCUAUAUAAGUACUUAUAUAGACCUUGGCACACAUUCCUUUUCACAGCUCUCGGGACCCACGCCGACAACUUCGUCAAGUGUCCUUCGGAAGCCCUUGAGUGGAACACAAGACGGUUCCGCAUCUUGGAGGAAAUAAUCUCGUAUAAUCCCCACAUCAUCUGUCUCCAGGAAGUCGACCACUACGACCUGCUGGAGCGCGUUUUGGCUACCCAGGGCUACAAGGGAGUGUUCAUGCCCAAGCCAGAGUCGCCGUGCCUUUAUCUGCCCAACAACAACGGGCCCGACGGCUGCGCACUCUUCUGGGACACGGCGCGGUUCUCGCUCGUGGCCAAGGAGACGCGGGUCGUGGAGGUGUGGCACGUGCAGAGCAACCAGGUGGCCAUAUUACUGGUCUUAGAGGAUGAGACAACAGGAAGGGAAAUAGCUGUCUUGACCACUCACCUGAAGGCUCGCCAAGGAGCUCUCUUGUCCACCCUGCGGGAUGAACAAGGCAAAGAUCUGCUAGGCUUCAUGGACCUGCACUGUGGUAAUAGGCCAACGAUCGUCAGUGGUGACUUCAACGCUGAGCCGACCGAGCCAGUGUAUUCAACAAUGACACAUGAAUCCACAGGCCUCAAGUCUGCAUAUGCCUUCCUCAAUGAGGGAAAAGAACCUGCCUACUCCACCUGGAAAGUGCGUGAGGAAGGUGACAUUUGCCACAACAUUGACUACAUCUUCUACACGCCCAACAGCCUGACUCCCGAGGGUGGCAUUGAUGUGCCGACUGAAAAGGACCUUGGGCCUGGUCGUGCUCCCAGUCUGGCCUACCCUUCUGACCAUUUCUCCCUCAUAUGUGACUUCAGCCUUAAGCCAAAUAACCGCAGCAACUUUUCAGACAUGGUUGACAAACCCAUGGAAAGAGACAGUGACCUGUAGUGUACUGUCUGGUAAUCCCCAUUCCAUUCCAGUGUUUUUUUCUGCCAAGUUUACUUUCAACACAAUUUAAAGUUUGAGUGAUAAAUUUAAACUGAGGUUAUAGUAUUAUUUUUAGAUGUGCCUUUAUUCUCAGUGUCAUAUAUGCUUUAAUUAAAGUAUCUUUUUAUUUUAUGUAGUCUUUUGCAUAUGGACUAUGUGUUUGUUCUUGAUUUAAAAAAUUGUGUUUAUGAACAGUAUCUCUCUGUAUACAAGAAUUAUUUUAAUCAAGAAGAGUUACUCUUAAUGGUAUGCAAUAGUACUAAAGGUUUGUUUUGUGUUAACAGUAUGAGUUGUUCUGUGGUUGAUCUGUGUUUGCAUUAUUAUGAUUUACAAUCAAUAUGAAUUAGUGACGCUUUUAUCUAUUUAUUUGGCAAUUAGUGUACAUGCAGUAGUAGUAGAAGAGUAUGUGUUUAGUGUGUAAGUAAUCUUACUUGGUCGUUGUUUUUAAAUAUUUUCUAACACUAUAUGUGCGGUGACUAACAAAAAUCCAUCUUAUUAAAAGGCUUACUCAGGAAUUCUCGAAAGUCUUGUCACUGCUUUUGAGGUAGAAUUAAAUAAAACUUCAAAUAAAGAUGGUAAAAAUACAAGAAGAAAUAAAGAUGUGUGUUUUCUUGCAAAUAUUUAAAAGUCACGACCAAGUAUUCAUGACGUCCACAAUGCACUAUACUGUGUUCAUAUUACACUUUAUUUUCUUAGCCACAUAAUUAUGUUUCAUUGUAUAUGCCCAUGUGUCAUAACACCAUAAUGUUCACUGUAUAUGACUACAUCCAUUAUUUUCCGACCCUUUCACUGUAGUGUUAUAAGUUGUCAGUAACAUUGCAUGAAUGUAUUACAGUUGGUCGUAUUUUGCUUAAUACAUAUAAAUAUAUACACACCACCUUUGUCCACAUGGUGUUUUGAAACAUAGCAGCCUUCUCACUAUGUCUUGAUAGCAUUAAUGUCUAGGACAGAUGUUUCCACAAAUAAUAUUUCUCAGUCUUAUUUUAAUAUGCAUUGUGAAAGGUGCUACACUGUUAGGUAUGGUGGAUCCAGCACAGGUUAAAUUGAUGCCUGCUAUUGGUUAGAAAUAUACUGAUAAAAAGCCUUAUAUAGAACUUUAUCUUAGGAGAUACUGCAAGAUUUUUGAAACACAGUAUAGGAUCUACCAUUCACCUGUAUAUCGUCUUUUAGACAGCAUGCUAUAGUAUGUGAUAUAUGAGAAUUCAAUCAACAAAUCUAUGAUAAACAUUAUAUUUUUCUUUAGAUAUUAUGAAACUGUAGGAGAAUGGGAGUAACUGUUAUAAUACAAAGUAUUAUUAGUGUUCCGAACAUGUUAAAAUUAGCUUUCACGUCUAGAAAUAUAGAUUGUUUUCACUCUUGAAAUGCAGCCUUUCACUUAUUUUUUUUAAUGAUAGUUCAUGAAUUAAGGUCAUUUCUUUAAUGAGAGGCAUCUUUUUCAUGUGCUUUAAUUGCUAGUGCAGUAUAUUUUUGU